GAAGUAAUGUGACAGUUCAUUAAAAUCUAUUUGUGUUGUUCUGUCAGGCCUACAGUAAGAAAUCCGGAUAUCCUCUGCUGCGCCCCCCUGUGGCAGCUGAGCAGAACAACGACAUGUUGCGGAUCUCACGAUUUCACUUUCUGUUUUGCUGAACCGAAUCGAAGAAGCUGAGACAUUUCAGGGUAAUCUUCUCCUCCCAGUGGAUUUUUAAAAAAAAAUAUUCCCCUCCAUGGACAGCAAGGAGGCAACACGCACCUGCGGCCAGUGCCACAAGGAGGUUGCAGAGGCCAACUUCGCUCUGCAUGAAACACACUGCAGCCGUUUCCUGUGUCUCUGUCCUGACUGUGAUGAGGCCGUUCCCAGAGACCAGCUGGCCGAACACAAGGAGGAGCAACACACUCUGGUGAGAUGCACCAAAUGUAGCAAGAAGAUGGAGCGUUGUCAGCUAGCAGACCAUGAGGCUGAUGAGUGUGAGGAGCGUCUGCAGAGCUGUGUGUUCUGUGAUCUGGAGUUACCGUGGAAGGAGCUGGACCAGCACUGUCUGGUCUGUGGGAGUCGCACCGAGCUCUGCAGGGACUGCGGCCGCUACGUCAAACUGAGGGACCAGCCUGAGCACCAGAUGACCUGCUCAGCCGCCGACGGCGACUCAAGUCCUCCUCUGGCUAACAGCGGCGCUCCCAGUACAAAAGUAGAAAUAGUGAGCUGCAGAAGAUGUAUGGGAUCGUUUCCAGCUGAGGAGCUAGAAGAACAUCAGCUGAAGUGUGCUGGAGCCACCAGAUCAGAUGAUGAGGAGGCCGAAGAGAAAGACAGUGAGGAUGAGGAGGAUGAGGAGGAUGUUUCUGGGCUGGGAGCCGCUGCUCAGCUUAGCAGCACCUUUCGGGCACGUCUGUCAGACAGACCCAGCCAAGCUCGCUGGGAUAACGAAGCCGACCCUCACCAGAUCAGCACCUGCCCACACUGUCAUCUGGCCCUGCCCCUCAUCACGCUGCGCUGGCAUGAGACAAAGUGCCAAAUUCACAUCCUCUUGAAAUAGAAGGAGACAACAGGUCAGGAUGGAUAAGCUGCCUCACAUUCAUAUUGGAGAGCAUUUGGGCUGCUGGAAUGGAAUUUCAGCUGCUACAGACCUUUGGGAUUCUUUCUCAUGUUUAUCCGAGUGUUUACAUUUAGUUUUAUUCACCUUUGGUUCUUGUACAAGUUUGUGCUUCCACAAAGAAAAUACUAGUUCAGAAAGUAAACUUGACACUCCUGAUAUCUUUGCAAAGAACAAUCUGUAAACUACAAGCACAGCUACUGAACUGUAAAGCCGCCGAACAAUCACAGUUUUCAUGUCACAGUAAAGUGCAUUGGGUGGAUGGUCUUUUCUGAAAAACUCCAGAUGACGAAGUGAGUGAUGGGAUGUAUGCUCUCAUGAGAAUGUAAGUAAUAUUUGCCUCACUGAUUUGCCAUUGCUUUGUGUUCAUACUGCUGUCCUCUCUGUCAUGUUGAAUCUUCUAGACACUUUUUAGUUUGUCACAGUUUUAUGGCUUUCAUAGUUUGUUUUCAGCCCCUGAUGAACACUGGCCUAUGUUUUGUUUGUUUGGCUUAAUUAACACAUCCAUCUCUUACAAAUUAAAUAAGACAGAAACCUGA